UUUAUUGUCGAUAGUAACAAAAAAAACGUCUGAACAUUGCGCGUGCAUCGAAUUGAAUAAUGGAGUCUGGACCAGACAGUCUGUUUGUGACUCUCCUGCUUCUCCUCCACAGUUCACACUCUGAGUCUGAGAGGUUUGAGGUUCUUGGUCCAACCGAUACCAUUCUUGCUGUGGCUGGUGAUGACAUCAUUCUGCCCUGCUACCUCAAACCCAACAUCAGCGCUGAGGACAUGACAGUGGACUGGCUGAACCUGGACUUCAAAGAUGGUCGUGUCUAUCGUUACCAAAACAGAAAAAUCAUACGAGAGGAUCAGAUUCCCUCCUACAUUGGAAGAACGUCACUGUUUGAAGAGGAACUAUGGAGGGGCAACACCUCUUUAAAACUGUCCAGGGUACAAGGCACUGAUGAGGGACAUUACAAAUGCUUUAUUAAGGCAAAGAGCUGGGAUCAUGAUCUCAUUAUUCAAGUCCUCGUUAAAGCUGUAGGAUCCAAGCCAGUGGUGUCCAUCGAGGGACACAGAGAGGGAGGGAUGGGUCUGCUGUGUGAAUCAGAAGGCUGGCACCCUGAGCCUGAGCUGGUGUGGCUGAACAGUAAAGGAGUCCAUCUCUUUGCUGGUCCUCCUGAGAUACAUAGAGACUUCAAGGGAUUCUACACAGUCAAACAACAUGUCAUUGUCCAGGAGACUGACACCAACCGCUUUACCUGCAGAGUCCAACAGAGCCAGAUCAAUGAGAAGAUGGAGACAGAGGUUCACCUCCCUAGUGAGUUAUUUGAUACAACCCCAUUGAGAAUGGCCUUCAUUGUGUUAUGCUGUCUGGGAGCCAUCAUUGGGAUUGGGUUAUCUCUGGCUAUCUGCUGGAUAUCUUAUAAGAAAGAUGACCUCACUAGGAAGCUAGAUGACCUCACUAGGAAGCUAGAUGAACUCAAGGCAGAAAAGGAGGUCCUCAGGAUGGAGAAUGAGGACUUCAAGAAGAAGUUUAACUUCGAGAACCUCUGGAACCAGAAUAUCUUCCAUCUACUCUACAUGUUUAAAGAUGACAUCACUAAGAAGCUAGAUGAACUCAUUAGGAAGUUAGAUAACAACAAGAAGGAGAGCAAUGACCUCACUGAGAAGAUAGAUGUGGUUGAGGAGGAUCUCAUUCGUAAUCUGGAGGGGCCUCGGGAAGGAGAGGGAUGUUGAAACCAUCAGAAGACAUGCAGUGGAUGUGACUCUAGACCAGGAGUGCUCAAGUACUAUUUGAGACGGUCCGGUGACACACAUUUCCUAGGUGGCAAAGGAUCAGAUUUAUUUAGCUGUUUUAUAGCUCAUUUGCUGCAAUUCUCCACAUUCCUCCAUGUCUUAUGUGUGUUUAUAUGAUACCAGGGGUCAAAGCCCGACC